CGAUCCGCCCCAAAACUUUAUGCAGGAGCCUCCGCUCCAACUUCGGUUUCUUCUUCCCCCUCCAAGAUGGAGGCGUUAGGGGGCUACCCGACCAAGUCCUCCAACCCGAAAGCGAAGAAGCUGAGGGUCCUGCUGAGCAUGACGGUGGGUGUCGGCUGUUUGUUCCUCCUGCAGACUCAGCUGAUGAAGCCGAAGAAACACACUGAUUUUUAUGCGUUUGAGGUCAAAGACGCGAAGGGGAGGACGGUGUCUCUGGAGAAGUACCGAGGAAAAGCGUCUUUGGUUGUAAACGUGGCGAGUCACAGCGAGCAGACGGAGGCGAACUACUUGUCUCUGCAGGAGCUGCACCGGGAGCUGGGCACCUCGCACUUUAACGUGCUGGCCUUCCCCUGUGGACAGUUCGGGGACACAGAAACCGGGACCAGCCGGGACAUCGAGGCUUUCGCCAAGUCCACCUACGGCGUCACCUUUCCCUUCUUCAGCAGGAUCAAAAUAAUGGGCUCAGAGGCUGACCCUGCCUUCAAGUUCAUCACAGAUUCUGUGAAGAAAAUCCCCAAGUGGAACUUCUGGAAGUUUUUGGUGAAUCCAGAGGGGAAAGUGGUGCGGUUCUGGCGAGCGGACGAGCCCAUGCAGAGCGUUCGACAAGAAGUGACGGCGUUGGUGAGGGAAAUCAUCCUGAAGAAACGAGUGGAGCUAUGAUGCAGAUGAACACUGGACGCAUCUGUGCGUGGUGUGUCAGUGUCUCCUGUGCUUUGACAGCAAGCAGUGACUGAACUCUGAACUGUUACAGUGAGUGUUGGUUGGGUGACGACUCGCUCCAGAAACAUGCAGGAUAAAAAGAUCCACUUCAAGUCGUCAGAGGCUAGUCAGAGUGUGUGUGUUUGUCCGUGUGUGUUAGGACCAUCCUGUGGUUUAUAAUGACAAUCAUAAUGAACAUUUCUUACAUUGACCACUGCUGCAGCUGAAGGAUUGUUUAGCCAUCGAAGUGUUGGGUUUUUACAGAUGUACAGUUUGGCUUAGUCUGUAUCUUGUACCAUCUCUUUCUAAUGUUUACAUUAAAAUCGAUUUCUGAUGGUGAAGCAUUA